AUGGUGCAGCAGCCGUCCCGGGCGGGGUCUGGGGAUUCUGCUCUAAGCCGUGGUGGUGGUGGUGCUGGGGGCGGUUCUUUGGCGCGGGGCGGCCCGACCUCGCCUAGGGCGGUGGCACCCUCUGCGGCCGCACCAGAGGACCCCGGGCGCCGCCAUCUUAAUCGGGACGGAAGCCGCGCGGAGACCUGCGGCGCGCGCGCAGCCCGUCGGAACCCGGAAGCCUGGGCCCCGCGGGGCUGGGGUUCUGGCUGUGUGUGCCCUGGUUCUGCGGUGGCAGACCCCGUCAUGGCGCAGGAGCCGGGAGAGGGGGCCUCUGCGCCUCCGGGUUCUCAGGCGCUCCUGGACACCCUGCUCCAGAACCUCUACGACUUUGGAGAAACAGAAGAUGAGACCGAACAGAAAAGGAUUAGAAAGAAAAGAGAAAACAAGAAGAGAGAUGUAGGGACCCCAGCGACCUUGGUGGCAGAAACAACUCCCCCAUCUGGAACUCUUGUAAGAGGCCAGAGGAAGCAUGCUUCCAGCUUCUUCAAGGAACUCAAAGAGGAGCUGCAGUGUGCUCCUGCUGCUGAAACCCCCGCUGACUUCCUUUCAGGAUCUGCAGGCCCUGGUGUCGAAGCAUCUUCCUCUCCCCUGAAGAAUGACAGGAAGCGAGUAGAAGUGGUAGAAUUUCACAGCAGAAAUAAAAAAAGAAAACAGAAGCUGGGUCAAGAAGAGAACCCCAAGACCAAAACUAAUGUCCUCCAGAAAGAUGAGAAUAUACAAGAGUUUAACUUAGAAAAGGCUCGCUUGGAAGUGCACCGUUUUGGGAUCAUGGGUUAUGGAAAAGGAAAGGAAAGAGUCCUGGAACGGGAGCGUGCCAUUAUGCUGGGUGCGAAGCCUCCCAAAAAUAGUUAUGUGAAUUACAAGGUUUUACAGGAGCAAAUUAAAGAAAAAAAGGCAGCAAAGAACGAGGAAAAGAAAAUGGCCCAGGACACAGAUUUUUUCAAGAAAAAGAAGAGGAAAGGGCAGGAAGACAGGAAAUCCAAAAAGAAGAAAUCAGCUCCCAGUAUUUUGUCGAGUGGACGGAUCGGACAGGUUGGAAAAUUCAAAAAUGGGACAUUGAUUCUGAGCCAAGUUGAUAUCAGGAAAAUAAAUUCUUCCAGAGUGGCUAAAUGAAGUACUUUAUAUAAAAGCAAAGAACGGGAAAGUGCCAUUGUACUGAAGCUGGACCCCUACAGAGGCUUCCAGAUUAAUCUUUUUUUUCAUAUUUCAUUGAUUGUUUUUUUAUUUUAGAAAAAAUCCAAUGGGAAAGAAAUUUCUAGUUACUGAAUUUUUUUAUGGUGAUAACUGCUGCAUUGUGAAUAUAAAGUAAACCUAUUGAAAAGAAUGUUUACUGUUUUCAUAAAGGUUCAUUCUAGUGACAUUUUCACUGGUGUUUUGUUUAUUUGCUUGUAAUAAGAUUUUCCAUCAUUUUAUUGAUUAGUAAGUGCUCAGAGUAACCUUUAAAUUCUUUUAAUUUUAUAAAAAAUAAUGUUGCUAUAUCAUGAAAGAACAGGGAAUGUGAUAUUUCAUCAGCUAUCUUAGGGGACUAACAGUUUUAUUGUCAGCCUACCCAGUGUAUAAAAUCUACUUUGUAAGAAGUUCUGUAAAUAAAGUACAACUUUUAUGGUGCUAAUGGU